AUGAUCCGUUGUGCAGCUCGUCGCGUGUUAUCCACAGUAGCUGCUCGUAAUAUUGAAGCGUCUUCUUCAAUUCCGGAUCAUAUCUCAGGACCAUAUGAUGAUGAAAAGCCGGUGAGCUUUUUUCGGACAUCUAGGAUGAAAUUAGUAAUAUGUCGAUGA